CUUGUAGUUGAGAGAAAACAUGUAUAUGUUUCUACUCAACAGAAGCUUAUUUCUGGUCCUUACACCCUUAACAUUUUUCAUACUUUGGUAACAUUAGGUCAGGUCCGGCCUGAGACUUUUGGGGGCCCUAAGCAGGAUUUGGUUUGGGGGGCCCCCUCAAUGCGUUGCCACUUCACAUGUCACUGAACUCAACUUGUGUAUUGUAAAUAUUAAUUUAAGCACACAUAUUGUUCAAAUAAGCAGGUGAAGACUAUUAUUAGCAGCUCUUCCUCUCUCAUCUCCAUAGUGCCUGAUGGAAUAAUGUUACUUAAAAUGUUACCUAUGUUCCUCAAAUUACCUUCAUCAUCAAUCAUUUGAUUGAUGACAGAAACUAUCUGGUGGAAAAUACCCCAAUACAUAAAACCAUGCAAUACAGUAUAUGUCACUGAACUCAACUUGAAUAUCAACCAUAGCAUGAAAUAUCUUCCAUGCAUCUUUCAUCUUUUUCAACAUAAGCUUUGCAAUGGGCAAAUAAUCUGAAAAUCUGAAAAAAAAUAGUAAGUAAAAAUGUAGACUGUGGGCAAUACUCGUUCUAUACUAUUUGGUCUAUUCGUACUAUAAACGAAUGGCAACAAAAAUUUGUACAGAGGCUGUUUGGGUCAGUCACAGAGUGAAAACAUUAAAAUAUCAAUUCAACUAAUAAAGUUAAAGGUGUUGGAAACAUUGGCGCUUGGAGGAAUCAGCUGUUUGUUGCAACAGUGCUUUGCUGCAAAUGUCACCACAAGUUUUUAAUGCUAGAGUAAAAUGUAUUUUCAUAUUUUAUAUUAUCUUUUAAUUAUCAUAGGGCUGACCAUAGAGGCACUUACUGGACAUUUGGGCUGGCUAUAAACAGACUAGAUGUGUUUGGGCCAACCAGAGGACAAACACGGGUUGACCUGAGGGCCAUUUGGGCAGAUGAGGGCCACUUGGGCUGACCAGAGGGGCUACUUUAGUGCUCCUCUGGUGUGACAUUAGGGGGGAAAUGAAAUGGCCCAUUAGGACCUGGACAUAGGCUAUCCUUCUUCAAUAAAGCUGCUGUGAAAGUUAUCACAGUGAAGAUCUAUGUAUAAAUAAUUAUUUUGCCCAUAGCUUCCACUCUUCAGUCUGCCAGGAGGCCUAGCUAUCCCUUAACCAAGAGUAGCAGGAAGCAGCAGAUGAUAAACCAUAACUGAUACCCAGUGAACAAUAGUAGGCCAGUAAUGACUUUAUAUAUGGUGCUGUACUUCUCUUGUAAAUCUCCUGUAUCAUACAGAUUAUCUGAUGCAUUGUGUUGUGUAGUAUUAGUAGUAUACAUUAUUGUUGUUAUCAUAGUGAUUAAUCAUAAUUUGUCAAUAACCAUCCACUGCCCUCCAGGCACUGGGACUCAGAUUUAUGGAAAUCUGAAUGUUGGAUUGCAUGAAGGGCCCCUGCCUUCUGUAUGUUUGCACUGGGGCCCCUGCCUGGAGUUUGGUAUUAGCAGGUGGAGGAAGGGUAACAGCUUAAAAUGGCCACCAUACCCUGCUCACCAUCAGCAGCAGAAGCACCACCUCAGAAGCCCAUCCCCUAGCGUCCGUCCUGGGUAUGUACCCAAUAUGCGCAUGGGCGGAGAAACUGCCGCUGUGCGCUCUUAUUAUUGUAAGAGUAAUUUCUUUUUUACGAAAAUGGCGUCUAGUCAGGGAGGUGUGGGAGCUGUCACGGCUCUUCAAAGCCAUCACUACUCUAGCGGACCUCACUGGAGCCCGGGCAUCAGCCAGUACCAGCACCAGCAGCAGCACCUCACGGCCCGCAGCCUGGACCGGGCUCUGGAGGAUGCCGUGUGCUCGGGUAUACUGAACCUGAGCGGUAGGAAGCUGAGGGAGUACCCGGGGAUGAGCUACGAUCUGACCGAUACAACACAAGCAGAUUUGUCCAAGAAUCGCCUCACAGAAAUCCCUCCAGAAGUGUGUCUGUUCGCCCCCCUUGAGUCGCUCAACCUCUACCACAACUGCAUCAAGUGCAUCCCAGAAGCCAUUAUCAAUCUGCAGAUGCUGACUUAUCUUGACAUCAGCCGAAAUCUCCUGUCAGUUUUGCCAAAAUACUUGUUCAGCCUCCCCCUCAAAGUCCUGCUUGUGAGCAACAACAAGCUCGUGUCCAUCCCUGAGGAGAUCGGCAAGGCCAAAGAGUUGAUGGAACUGGACGUGAGCUGUAAUGAGAUCCAGGUGCUGCCAGCUCAGGUGGGGAGGCUUCAAGCCUUACGAGAACUCAACAUCAGGAAGAACUGUCUUCACAUGCUGCCUGAGGAGUUGGCUGACCUGCCUCUCAUCCGACUUGACUUUUCCUGCAAUAAGAUCACAGAGAUUCCUGCAGCCUACAGGAAACUCAGGCAGCUGCAGCACAUCAUCCUAGACAACAAUCCUAUGCAGUCUCCACCCGCACAGAUUUGUCUCAAGGGCAAAGUGCACAUAUUCAAGUACCUGAACAUCCAGGCAUGUAGAAUGGACAAGAAGCCGGACACCCUGGACCUCCCCUCCCUCGGCAAACGUUGCCUCCCACAGCCGCUUACAGACAGCAUGGAAGAUUUUUAUCCCAGUAAGAAUCACGGCCCUGACUCUGGAAUUGGUAGUGACAAUGGUGACAAGAGGCUGUCUACAACUGAGCCUUCAGACGACGACACAGUCAGCAUGCACUCUCAGGUUUCAGAGACAGCCCGUGCUGAUGCCCUCUCGCUCCUCUCCAAAAUGGACUCUUGCAAAGAUCAGGAUCUCUAUGACUUUAUAGAGCCAAACCCGGACGAGGAUCCUGCUCUGUCAGAGUGUGAUGGGCAGCAGGGCAGUCAUGUGUCUUGUAUAAAGGAACUGGAGAAAGUUCUUAACAUGUCUCAGUCUCACCAAAGCAAAGAUAAAGACAGUUGGAAAGAGGAGUCUGGGUCUGAUAAGGAGCAGCUAGUUGAGGAAGAGGAUGAUGAGCUGAAGGAAGUGCUGGAUCUGAGGAAGAUUGCUGUUCAGCUUUUGCAGCAGGAGCAGCAGAAUAGACGACGUUCCUUAAUUUGCAGAGCAGAGAGUCUUAUUCACCGACGGAGAGUGACUGGCCGGGCACACAGAUUCUUAAGUCACUCUGGAAGCUCCAGCAGCAAACCGAGGCCUCCACCGCAGACCGCUCGUAGGUACGUACGUGCUUCUCUGGAUGAAGGAAGUAGUGGAGCAUCAGUGCUGAGUGGACAGCCUUCUUCUUCCUGCUCCUUUGAUGGCAGCCUGAAGGCAGAUCAGUCAGAUUCAGAGCCAAAAUGGCCCGAAGUCCCACCUGUACUCAAUCAGAAUGAAGAUCGCAGGAGGAACAAGUACCUGAGAAAAGAUUAUCUGAAGUACAAGUGUCAGAGUGCUCGGAAAAACUCCAGUGGGAAUGACGACUGUGAGGAGGGCUUGCGCAGCAGUGACUUCAGCACCACUCUGACAGUGUUUGGACUAAAGCCAAGAUCAGCCUUCACCAGAGGAAGCCGUCAGGAGUACACCUCGACAGACCCCAGUUUCACUAUGAGGAGGAAGAUGGAGCACUUGAGAGAGGAAAUGGAACAGAUAGGACUCUUACGGCAGAACAUUGAGUCCAGACUGAAGGUGUUGCUCCCAGAAGAUGUUGGAGCUGCUCUGAUGGACGGGGUUGUCCUUUGCCAUUUAGCCAAUCACAUUUGUCCUCGGUCUGUCGCCAGCAUCCAUGUACCGUCACCUGCAGUGCCAAAGCUUAGCAUGGCUAAAUGCCGUAGGAAUGUGGAGAACUUCUUGGAUGCCUGUAAGAAGCUGGGUGUCCAACAGGACAAGCUGUGUCUGCCCCAUCACAUCCUAGAAGAGCGCGGUCUGGUGAAGGUGGGUGUAACUGUCCAGGCUCUGCUGGAUCUGCCUCCAUUGAAGCCCACUCAACUGUCAGCUGUUUGAUACAAGCCUGAAUGUUGCAUCCAAUCUGCAGUCAUCUAGCCAACCCCUCUCCCCAGCCCAAACCCGCACCCUAUCGCCAGGGACCAGAGAGCCCCUCGGGGCGAGGAGUCUGCUUUUGUCUGUUUGACUGAAACAGGAGACAGGAGGGAGAAAUACCUCAGUCUCUUUAUAUGAUGUCAGCCACCACCCACUUCCUGUCCAUCACAUUUUCACUUGUAUCCUUUUCCUAGUUACUGGAGUCAUCCUGUAUGUUUGUGGACUAGCAAUGUGACUGUGUGUUUCCUGUAUGAGCUGCACAGUUUGGACUUGCCAAGUAGAGACAGACAAAACAAUGCUCAGUAACUCUUAAGCCUGCAAGUGCAAGUACUGACAACAUUUCCAUGAUGAUAAGGAUGGAGAAGGAGAUGACAGACAUGUAACUCUCUCUUUCACUAAAGAGGCCAAUGCUGCCUCGCAGCCACAAACAACUGACUGACCUUAAGGGGUUCUUACACUCUUGAGUUUCUCUUCUUUUUAUGGAAUUUAUUUUUCCCAUGAAAAUUAAUUUUUGACUUUAUUAGUGUUCUGUUUUUUUUUACAUGGUUUGCACCAGGUUUCUACUGUAUCUUCUUUUCAGCAGCCAAACCUGAUUCAUAAGUAAUGUUGACUUAUUUGUGAAGUAUUGCAUUGGAGCAAUCACAUUCCCACUGCUUUUUGAGGGAUAAUCCAAGGCUUGCCUCUGAAAUGUGUGAAAACUAGAAUUCAUGCUACAAUAGGUUUUCUCUCAGUUUUCCCUCAAACUCUGGUGUGGUUUCGACAUCUUUAAACUACUGUGCAAAUUAUGCGCAACUCUGUACAACUUUUUUCUCGAUACAAACCUGCAUGCACCAGGGGAAGUGACAUUUGACCACUGUGAGAACAUGUGCUUGGCUGUGGCCAAAAGCACGAUGGUCCUGUUUUGUAGCAUUUUUUCAUUGUACAUGCAAGGUUUCUGUUUUUGAAAAAUAUUCUGUAUUCUAACUUUUCUAAAGCUUUUAUACUUUCUUCCCAGUCAUUGACAAUUAUCACUUGCCAUUUUUGUGGCGUUCAGCACAUGGGUUUGCCAUGUUAGACACAAAACAGUUGGCAUUUUACUGCUUUGCAUAACCUCAGAUGAAACAUGUUUAUACUGUAUGUGUUUUUGAGUGCUGCUAAGUAACUCCAGCAAACCUUCCACACAUGGCACAGUCUUAUCUUACUGUCGGGCCACUCUGCUGUAUGUGGUUUCUGAUACAAUUCAUUAUUUCAGGGAAAUUAAAUUAUUUAUGUAUUUAUUCAUUUGUUUUAUAUUUAUAUGUUAUUGCUUUGUGUUUCUUAAGCCUGACUAACCGUUCAGGUGUGGUACAACUGAACAGUUGGAUCUCACGUGUUUCUCUGUGGCCAGAAAUAACAUCUGAAUGAAUUACUUCUUUUGAAACUGGUUGACACUGGUAUAACAUGAGCAUCACUCAGUGUGUAAAUUCAAGACAAAUAUUUUCACAUCAUUUGUAACAACAGUGUUGAUAGCUUAAAAGAUAUGUGCAUAAUAGAGGCUUGAUUCUGCGGCAACCAUUACGCAAGAGUUGAUCAGAUUCACAAAGGCUGGCUUUAGGGGUAUUCUAAACAAAAAAUUGUGAUGCUAUGUGAGUGCUAAACACCCUGUUUAAUUUAACCUUUCAUGUAUUAAAUCUGUGUUAUUAGUUACUUUUUUGCGGAUUAUUAUUUCUGCAGGGCAAUAUCAAUCUUCUUGUCAGGUGGUUGGCAUGAUAGUCCAGGCAGCUGCGGUGCACCAUUCAUUUUAAAAUUAGCUCUCCAACAUGUGAAAAAACUAAAAUUAUAGCGGAAAUGGAAGUAAAGCACAUUAUGGGUUAAUUAUAAAUAUCAGAAGUCAGCUUAAACUAACUUGACUAAACUUGACUAUGAAUUAAUUUUAAGUAAGAAUGACAAUGGUUCUGUCCAAAAUAUUUUUGUUUCUGUGCUUUAAUGGUUUAUUUAACAUACAGUGUGAAUAUUUGCUUGUGGCCCUUUAUGUCACACAACAGAACAGAACAGAAAAAGUCAUCAGAGAAUACUGACCCUCUGUUUUGCUCUGAGAACGUGAAAAAGUCUUUUGGUACACUGAUUUGUACCUAAUUUACACAACACACUAUUUAUAUGUGUAGGAUAGCAAUGUGUGUGAACAGAGGAAUUUCAUGCUCCAUUUUUCACAUGGACAGAGAGUAUGCUGUAUUUGAAAAUGCACCUUUGAAGAGAAGCUGAGGACUUCAUGACCUGUGCUGACCUCAAUCAGUGACAUGUUGAUAUGACAUCAAUUAAAUGACCUCAGGCUUUGCUAGUUCAGCUAUGGUACAGGCUAGUUGUAAUUUUGAGGUCUAGUGAAGACAUAGCUAAUCAUGAUGCAAAAAAGUGCUAUAAUAUUAGUGUAUUGUUUGUGCAGCUGACACAUCUUGGAGGACAACAGUACUUAAUGACACUUCAACACUUUGAAAGUCCACAAAUAUCAUCAUGACAAACAUGACAUAUUGUGCCUUAAAGGAGGGGUAUUCUUUGGUUUUUCUGCACUCUUAUGUAAUUACACUAUUAUGAAAUGUAUUUAUGAAAUGCACCUGUGUUUAUUUUUUGAAAAAAUCCACAAGUUAUAAUUUUAGCACAUCACUUCCCUGUACUUCUUUUUCAUAGGAUGCUUUAGAUUUUGUGUAACAUAAGCAGCUUCUCUGCUGAUGAGCUAAAGCUCUGAUUGGCUUCCAUACUAGAGAAUUAAGUUAGAGCUCAGUGAUCAAUAUUAAACAGCUCCAUGGUCUACAGUACAUAGACAACCAAAAUCUGAGAGACCUGUACUUGAGGUUUAGUUCACUGACUCUGGCAUGACUAGCAUGAAUCAGCUUUUCACUGUUAUUGCUUUGCAUGUCAUUUUAUAUGUCCCAUGUGUCACACAGUUGGAUGUCCCACUUUGAAUAUUGUUGCCGAGAAGCUCUGAUUUCUCUGAAUGGGCUAUAUUGACUGACUUUGUGCCAUCAUUUUUUAAAGAAGGGAUGCCACAAAGAUGCAAAAUAGUACAGGUCUUCCAGUUUAUCAGGCCUCGAGUGUAAAAUAUGGUCAGAUCCUCUCAGAGUCUCAUGUUACGCCCUUUUCUUAUGCAGAAAAUUGCUAUGAAUUUUUAUGAAUGACAUCAGUGUACUGUAGGUUAUGGUGUUAUUUCCUGAUCUGUUGUUGGGCUACAUGCAAUCACUCAAAAACAGUUUGCCUCUGCAAACAUGCUUGUCCAUUACACUCUUUCCUGCUGCUGCAAACAGGUCAUCUUUUCUGCUCACCAUAUAUUUGUCAAACAAGCAGCUUUUUAAAGGAUAGACUCGUAUCUAGAUAAACAGCCACAGGAAAAUAAUAAUACUAUAAAGCGUGCAACAGUGGGCUGCAUCGUAGAACAGCAUCUACUGAACGUAUUGACCGCAUUUAUCAUCAUGUGAAAUGUUCGUUUAUUAUGAAACACAAGCAGAUGUCAAAUCUGAAAAAUAAACUCAAAUUGUAGCGCACAGUGCUUUGUUACCAUUGCAGAAGCUGGCUGGCUAUAUCUGAACAACAAGACUCACACAGCAAAAGCAUUAUCACCGGAGGUAGCAUUGUAACUUCUCAUGAUCUUCACUUGUAAAUAAUUACAGGUUUAGAGACAAUGAUGAAAUUGAACUGAUGUGUAACCUAUCUCAGGUUUGCUGUGUCAAAUAUUGGGGGUUUAGAUUCACAUACUUUUCUGAUCAAAAGUUAAAAAAGGUUUUGGAUGCCUAAAAAUUAUGUUUGAAGAACUAUCAAUGUAUGUAUGCACUGCUGUCUCAUAUGUUACUGCACAUUGUCUUGAGUUUUCCAAAUGACUCACAGUUACUUCUUGUUUUGGGAUAAGGUGAGUUUGAAUUUGUAUGCAUUUUCAUAGUACUGGCACUGAAUGAAUCACAAAAGGAUGAGAAAGUCUCACACAAGGUGUGCUCGAAGGAAAUAAGGAGGAAAUUAUUUAUACUAUCACACACCCUGAAAGCUCUUUGUCCUUGUAACUGGGAAUUCACAGCUGUCUUUAAUUGUGUAUCUGGUGGAAGUGACUUACCCCUUGUGUAUAUUUUCUUUGUUCAUGGUAUCACGCACUUCAUGCCUGGACAUGUAAUACCUCCUUAUUCAGAUGAAUAUCUUGCAACUUUGUUUCCAUUUUGAUCCUGUGCUUAUUCUUUGUAAUUGCCUUUAGUGUUUAUCCCUUCAUUAACACACAUGCUGGUACAUGAAUGCUGGAGCUGUCAAGUGUUAAAAUGAAAAUGAAAUUGUAAUGAUUUAGUUGUACAAACUAAACUAAUGUAUUACUCCUAUCAAUUGUAGGAGUGUGGGGCUUCCCCCUACUUCUUUUGAAGUCUAUUGGACCCUGCAGCCAACUAGAAUAGGUUAGUGGUUUCCUUUAGGUCUUUUUUUAGUUUACACCCUAAAAGGUGAGAUGGUGUGAUAAGUUGUUUGUUAAGGAGAGCAGAACACCUGUGACUUCUGUUUGUAUGCAGUGUAACUAUGUUAUCAUAGGUCACCACACUGAUGCCUUAUUCUUGUUUUACCUGCAGACAGUAGUAUAUGUCACGUUGCCCUUUCAUUGUUUUACUGUAAAUUAAGAAAGUGCCAAAUCACAAAGGCAUCCUUUCAUUGCAGCCUUCAGUGUUUGAGCAAAAACAUUACUUUGGUCUCUAUCAACACUGUAGACGGAUUUCUACAAAUGGAGCUCAUGGCAUCGAGCCUAAAUGUUGUUUAAAGGAUAGGUUAACAUUAUUUCAUUACAUGCCCAUAUAUACAUUGACACAGUUUUUGGUGGCUGAAAUCUUUCGGUCUGUUUAUGCUGGCCUUGAAGAAAUCCUUCCAACAAUGCAAGUUUAGCCAAAGCUAAUAUGAGGCUUCAGCAGUCUGAGCCAGACAAAUGUCCUCAUUGUGUUUCAAGCAGUGUUUCUUUGUUGUACCGUGGCAGAGGAACGCAUAGAUGAAAUUUCAUACCAAAGAUACGAUAAGAUAAUAUAGAACUUUGAGAUUGUUAAAAAUUACAAUAACAUAAGGGACAGUCUGGUUCUACUCGAGGGUUUCUGCCUCUUAAAAGGAAGUUUUUCCUCGCCACUGUCGCCAAAUGGUGGGAAUUGUUGGGUCUCUGUAAAUAAUAUUAUAAAGAGUACGGUCUAGACCUGCUCUAUAGGAAAAGCGCAAUGAGAAAACUUCUGUUAAGAAUUGGCGCUAUAUAAAUAAAAUUUAUUGGAAUAAGAAUAAAAACAAUAGAGUAAUAAAAGACUCUGUUGUCUAAAAGACUAACUUUGGAAGAUACCCAAAUUAUUUGUUUAACUUAGAUUGCUGAAGCCUCAUAUUAGCUUUGGUUGAACUUUAGAAUUUUUUUUUUUUUUACACAGAAUGAGGACUGUGGAUUUUGUCCCCCAUCCCUUACACUGGAAUCCCAUCAAAAUGAUAUAUUUUAUGAUGCCUGGGAGUAAGUUUGCAUGUUUCUGAGGAAGAGCAAUGUACAGUUUGCUUUUAAGUAACACUCCCUUUACCACACCUGCAACAAACUUAACAAAUAUUCAGAAAUGUCUGCAACAUGGACAAGUCAGCACUACUACAGAUAUUGUAGAGGUGCUGACUCUACAGUAACUGUACUGGUGAAGAAAACAGUGAAACAGUGAGUCAUGUCUAAAAGCUACACUGCCAAGACAUUUCAAACUUAUGCAUAUAAGCUUUUUGUAUUUUAAAUCAAGUCAAAUGCAUGCAAGAAUACCGAAUGGCUGAAGCUGAACCUCUGUACAUAUCAUCUGUAUAAUUUCCAGGGAUUUCUAAAAAAAAAAAAAAAUGUGGUCAGUAUGAAAUAAAGUCAAAUUCUUUGCA